UACGCUCUCUAGCUCGAGCAGCAGCUAAAUGCGACAAAGCAGGGACGUUUUCCAGAGUAAUGAUAGGACUUAGCUCCAGAAUGCUGCAGUGUGGUUUUAAAGCACCUCAUUAUUCAAAUAAGGCUUUACUGCAGGGGUGUUUGAUUCUCGCCAUUUUACUAUUGGGAGAUCAACAUGUUGAGGGACAAGAACUUGUGUGCUCAAAUAUGGACGGUACCAACCACUUUCGAUUAUUCUUAACGCUAGCUGAUUUGGUGAUGGACUGCAACCUGGUCAGACACCCAGGAAUCACAGAUCAGCACUAUAAGGACAUACUGAAGCUGUAUGCUUCAGCUGGAGUGCUACCCAAGAUGGAGAUCUACAACAGCACCAACUCAUAUGCCUUCGAUUUCAAGAUGAGCCAAGAAGGAUUAACCUGGCGUGUUAUCGUCCCGAGGAAUAAUAUAACCACUAAAACAGCGGCGGCCCCGAUAGACCAGUGGCACGUGGAGGUCAACAUGUUCCAGGGCUAUGAUGUAUUGGAUGCUGCCGCCACCCUACUGAGGUCAUUGACGGGCACACUGCUCGAUUUGGCAAGAGAGCCGAUAUUGCAGUGGCUUUUAGGAGAGGGCAUCUCAAGUUACAGCCUUUACCCGUACUGGGGCCUGCUCAUGAAGAUCCAGGUGGCCCAGAGUCCAUGUGCCGGCGAUGUGGCCGUCAUUUCUCCUAUCUUUGCCUACCAUCCCGAAGCGGUUCCAGGAGUUAUUCUGGGUUAUACCAAUAGUGCUUUCCUUGGUCCCGGAACAUUAUGGUUCAAUCUGACCAACACUCUCUGUAGUUUCAUGACUGCAGCGGGAUGCAAUGGCCUUACCCUGAUUGACUUGAAGCUGACCAACUGUCAUCUCUUCCUGCUGACCAACAGGGGACUCUUUAUCAGCCAGGAUCUGCUCUCUCCAGUCACUGGAUUUCUCAGUUUCACCUGGCCGAACAACCCCAUACUGAAUCAAAUGAACUACGAUACAGCAACAAUCUGGUACUCUGGCAAUUGUCAGACCAACGCGUUAUACUUUUCAGAUGACUAUGUGAGUGUGGUAUCUAAUACAGGAGUGGGGCCGAAUCUGGUGUCGAGGUGUGCGUUCAGUGGGUACCCCUUCACACACUGGUAUCCCUGCCAAGGCAGCGACUAUGAUCUGUCUAAUCCAUAUUACAUACCACGCUACCUGGCUUUUUUGUAUGACCGCUACCAGCAGACAGCUCUGCUGUUGUCAACAAAUGAGUUUGACUGGCAGACGGGCAUGGUGUCCAUGUUAAACAUCGGGAAGACUGGGCUGGACUCCAGAACCAAAGUUCCUUCCGCCACCAUUGCCAUGGAAGGUUUGGAAGGCAUGUAUAUGGGGGGCAACCAAAUUUUCCUUUAUGGCAAUCAGUUGUGGGUUUCCGAUGACCGUGGAGCCAAAUUCCACUACUUACUAACUAUGCCUCAGUCGGAUCGCAUAGUCGACAUGGUGAGCUGCCCAUAUAACAACCUGGUAGUCGGUGUGUCAACCGUAGGGACGCUCAUCGUCUUGAGAGCAGGUUUGCAUAAGUAUUCUAGCUUUACCAUCUCGAAGUCCACUCCCGCCUUCAUGUAUUGCGACCACAUUGGCCUACUGAUGGUUGUAGACGUGGACUUCACCACCGACAUUGGAUUCAUUAGCAAGACCAUUGAUCCCACUAUCAUCCAGGUGACGAUGAUCACAGCUUUCCAGGACAUUUAG